ACUCCCCGUCAACUCACUUCCGUCGGGUAUCAAAGUCACGUCGUAGCGCUUGCCGAUCUCCUCGAACCGGCUUCUCUGAAUAUGCGCUGGCUUCUCCACAGCUUCUCGUUACUUUGCAUGUUCUCCACUGUCUGGUCUGGCUCAUGAUCGACCCUUGACGCGCAUCUGGCAGCUGUUGUUACCCCACUCAAAACUGCUUUCCCUGCAUCAUCGAGACACGCCUUUGAUGCGGCCAUUUCCGCUUGCUUCUGAGAACACACUCUGCUUUUAAUGAAUCAAGGAGCCCCUCAGACGGCCUCUGCGAACGCUGCCGUGUCUCAGCCCAAGCCUAUUCGUUUUGUGACGAACCAUGAUGGUCCCUAUGCGAAGAGGCGUCGCAUUAAUUCCGCGUGCCUGACCUGCAGGAAGAAGAAGACGCGAUGCUCGGGUGAACGGCCUGUAUGCGGAACUUGCAUCCAGAACAAGCAUGAAUGCGCCGGCUACGGCGACGACAAUGGCGCAGGCGAAACCCCAAAGGAUGGCAAAAAGGCAGCGAGAAGAGAGAGUACCGUGUCGACCAGCACGCCUUCCCGGAAGCAAGAGCCGCCCAUCGACCCUCAGCUCACGCGACCGCAUCUGCCGCAUACCACAUCGCAAACCUCGGAAUUAAGUCUCCAGGCCUCGCCCAAAGUAGAAUCAACUGGCAGCAGUGGAGGUUUGAGCUUGAGCACGCGCAACCGAAUGCCAUACUUCAGGUAUUUCGGGCCUACAGCCAUAGUACCCGGACUGCGACAGAUGGUCGUCAAAGUGCGAGGCAAGCAACAUGGCAGUGCCCAGACUACAUCAGAUCAACACGCAAUCGAGUCCUCGCCUGCACAGCCAUCAGUUGGCUCACCACCAGCGCCAGAAGCCCGCACGCCAGCCGAGAUACCCGUAUACGAUGCCUCGUCAAUGUCACCAAGUCCGCUCAUCACCCAUCUCUGUAAACUAUUCUUCCUACACCUUGGCUGCUCUUUCCCCUUCCUACAAAGAGAGCGCUUUUUGCGAGACUUGGAAGAGAAGCAGGUGGAUGCCAUCCUCGUCGACGCUGUCUGUGCGUUAGCGGCCCGAUUCUCGACACAUCCUAUGCUGACAGGCAAGAGCGACCAACAGAAAGAUGAUGGAACGGAGACUCCAAAAGUCCCGCCUUCAGAACACGGCCAAGCCUUUGCCCAGCGAGCAAAAUCAGCUAUCCCAGAUGCUUUUCCAUGUCCUAGUGUGGCAGUGGUACAAGCUGCGUUGCUUCUUGCAUACGAUGAAUUCGGUGCGAGCCGCGACAGUGGACUUUGGAUGUAUCUCGGUGUAGCCAUUCGCAUGGCGCAGGAUCUAGGCAUGCAGUCUGUGGGAGGUCUGAAGUACGAAGGUCGCAAGGGACCAACACCAAAUUCCAUUAAGAGCUACCCAGAUGGCGGGCGGCACGCGGAGCAACCAACUAUUCAAGAUAGCCACGGGAGUAGUGCGGAGGAGCAAGAGCAAAGAGCCGCUGAGCGCGAGAGGUUAGAUACUUUUUGGUCAAUAUUUUUCCUUGAUCGCGUCAUAUCUUCUGGAACGGGACGGCCGGUCACCCUCCGAGAUCGCGACAUCGAGAUCUCUUUCCCUUCCCUGGAUGAGGUCGACUCUUCUGGAUGGCCUUUGCCAUAUCCGGCACUGAUCCGUAUCAUUCACCUCUACGGUCGUGUGACUGAUCUCCUGAACCGGAUAAGAAGCGCCGAUGACAUCACAGCUGACCUGCAGAAGCAACUCGGAGCAUGGGAAGAUCGCUUGACAGGCAUCUACCAAAACCUGUCGCCUAAGCUUCACUUCAACGCAGUCAACUUCCAGCAAUAUGUCAAGCUCAAUCAGGGAACGAAUUUUCUUCUACUGCAUUGCUGGUUCCACACUCUAAUCGUUCUUUUGCAUCAGCCAACGCUGCUCCGGACGUUCGAAGGAACUCCACAAUCUUUGUCUACUAACAGCAGAGAACUUUCCAUGUCUUCUGCCAAGACUGUCGCUGAUAUACUAGCCUUUACCGAGCUCAUUGAUGUAAAGACUGGAAUUGGCAAUCCCUUCACCAGUCAACCGAUAUACAUAGCCGCGUGUGCCUUCCUUAAAGAAACGGCACUUCACUCAGCAUCGUCCCAGCCUCAGUCUUGUCCUGCAAGCCCCGGUCGAAAUGGGGAGAACGGACAAAAGACCUCUACUCAACAUUCCCUUGACCGUCUGAAUUCCACCAACAGCUCUGUCAAAGACCUGGAGCAAAAGCAAACAGCCGCUAAGCAUACAUUGCUUGCCUCUGCUGCCAACCAAAAUUAUCAACGUUGUUACCGCGCCCUCAAAGCCUUAGAAACAUACUGGGCUGGAGUCAAGUACAUUAUGACUGUUUUGGAUCAAAAGGCGAAAGGCGUUGGUGAUCCUCUGCUGUACACAACCGAAGAGAUGGAAAGUGCAUUAGAAGCCCCUCGACCUGAGCCAUCGUUCACCAGUCCAGGCUGGAGAAGGAAGCUUAGCUGGGGGACCUAUCUGACAGCACAAAAUUCAGAUGCUGAUGUAGCAAAGAUGGCGGCUGCGAUACGCAAGGGUGCGAGGACGCCAAAUAUGCCCGGCUCGCCAAUGGUACACCCCAGCCAAGCCAUCGGAUGGUCGCUUACGGGUACUAUGAACUCGCCUUCAACAAAUGUCGCAGUUAUGUACACAUCCGAAAAUGGUGAAGGUCGGAGCACGAAGCCACCACCUACAAAAGUACCUCCAGCCAGUACUCAGCCCUCCAUCGCUUCGUUGAUAUCGGAUCCUCCCAUUAAAUUCGAGCCACGUCACCAAUCUCUACCGUCACCUUCCGCUUUCUCGCAGUUCAGCUCAGCGUCCAUGCCACCGCCUCCGCCAAACCCAUCUUUCAACCAUAUCCCUACCCCAGACCCGGUCUUGGUGUCAGAUGCGGACCUCCUCUUAAAUCUACACUCUCCGUUCUCUGGUGGCUCACCGUCAGCCAUCAGAACGCCACUACAAAAUCCAACGUCGUAUACACGUUCAUCUUCACAACAACACAACCAACUACAUCCUACCCCUCAAACAGAAUUCUCGCCCACUUUCGGAACUUUCAACACACCUUCAGACAACACUUUCGGUGAUAUGGUCAUUGACACACAAGACGUCGAUAUGUCCCUUCUAGGCGCUGAUAUGAUGCCUUGGGACUUGGAGUACUUACCACAUGACAUGCUUUAUUUCGGCGAUGGCGGCUUUGGAAAUGGUGGAUUUGCGGGUGAUGGCGCGUCAGGGGAUCAUAAUACGGGAUAACGCUUUCGGCAACCAUUACACAAUGUACAUUAGGGACAGACUUUUGUGGAGUCUUAUAUUUUUCAAGCCGGAAUAUCGGGGUUUUCCAUUCAGGGAGGAUUGGACUUGAGUGGAGUUUGAUACCAUUCUGCUUCUUACAUGUAUGAAUUGAGAUGAGAGAAAAUUACUAUAUCAAGGCCUCGACGCAAUAGUUUUGCUGCAAUUUAUUGACUUGAUGUAACGGAUGUC